UCUCUCUCUCUCUUUCUUUCACUUCCACUUCCACUUCGUGAUCUCGCUCUCACUCGCAUCUCCACCUCUUGAAUCUCUCUCUCUCUAGGGUUCAGAUUCUCUCUCUAUUACUUUCAAGAGAGAGGAAAGUACUAUGAAGCACAGUAUCGGUGCCUAUCAGAUUCGGAUCCUCUCACUUGCGCCAACUCCAGCUGGAUAACUUCAAUUCGGUAUCUUCGAUCUGAUCCGACCGUUAUCGGAGCUGAGGCUCGAGAUUUUUUCGAUGAUCCGAGUAGUUAAGAAAGUUGAAUAAGAGAUCUGGCACUGAAGGCCAGAUAGGUUGAUUAUGCAACGAUUGCAUAGGAGUGUGACUGUUCAAGUUGGGCAUAUAGGAGUAUUUUCAAAAAGCAAAGUGUGGUUGGGUGAUAUCCAAAGGAGUUUACAUGCAGGUCUUGGCUUAAAGUAUUUGUGGAAUCGUGAGUUUAGAACAAGUUUAAGGAUGAUGGUUGAUACAAAUGCUACAGAAAAAGGGGUACCCAUUGUUGAUGUGUUGCCUGAGAAGGACGAAGAUGGUGGAUUUGCUAGCGGAGGGUGUAAAAGUGAAGAUGGUAAACUGAGCUGCGGCUAUUCAAGUUUUAGAGGAAAGAGAGCAACCAUGGAGGAUUUCUAUGAUGUCAAGACAUCCAAGGUUGAUGGGCAAACAGUCUGUCUGUUUGGAAUAUUUGAUGGUCAUGGUGGUUCUCGUGCAGCUGAAUAUUUAAAGGAGCAUCUCUUUGAAAAUCUCAUGAAGCACCCACAAUUUAUACCCGACACCAAAUUAGCUAUUAGUGAAACAUAUCGACAGACUGAUGCUGAUUUUUUGGAUUCUGAAAGAGAUACAUUCCGGGACGAUGGUUCUACUGCAUCAACAGCCGUAUUGGUUGGUAACCAUCUAUAUGUUGCCAAUGUUGGAGAUUCAAGGGCAGUAAUAUCUAAGGCUGGCAAAGCAAUCCCUCUUUCCGAAGACCAUAAACCAAAUAGAAGUGAUGAGCGGAAGAGAAUUGAAAAUGCUGGUGGCAUUGUAAUGUGGGCAGGUACUUGGAGGGUAGGAGGCGUGUUAGCUAUGUCUCGUGCUUUUGGUAACCGCAUGUUGAAGCAGUUUGUUGUGGCAGAUCCUGAGAUUCAGGAGCAAGAGAUAGAUGAAGAAUUAGAAUUGCUUGUGCUGGCAAGUGAUGGACUAUGGGAUGUUGUACCCAAUGAUGAUGCUGUAUCUCUUGCCCGGACUGAAGAAGAACCUGAGGCAGCAGCUCGGAAGUUAACAGAGGCUGCUUUUAAUCGUGGCAGUGCAGACAACAUAACAUGCAUUGUGGUGAAAUUUCACCAUGAAAGAGCAGAUCCAGCCAGCCCCGACCAUGAUUAGAAAUUUUCUAUUGCAUGUGUAGAUCAAUUAAUUUUUAGGUAAUUAAUUAUUGAAAUCUGCACGUGCAUAAUGGCUGAAUGUGCAUAUCAACCAAGAGGCAAUUUGUUUAUUCAUUGGGUUUAUUUCCAUAUAUGCUUGUGUAUUGAAAAACAUGGACUUUAUGGCCUGUUUAUUUAAGUUCUUGUCAGCAUUUAUGUAUGUCGACCUGGCUGUAGAAGCGUCAUUUAGGUAGUUUAGUUUCAAUAAUGAAUGCAUGAUGCUCUCUCUUCUUUUAGAAUUUAAUAAAUACGUUUACGAGUGGUUCUCUA